UACCUAUUAGACGGUUCUACUCAGUCGUUAAGGAGGAGGCGUCAAUUAGUAAAAUCACGUCGACUCGUGUCUGGUUAUUUUUUCCGGAAGGGGAUUUAUAAUGCAUGCUUAAACCCGCUUGUAAACUUGAGUCGUAAUUGCGACCUUACGAUUCGCUGAACUGUCACGCCCCUAACGAAUUUUUAAUGCACCCAAAAUCGUUUAUAAACAAAGACUCCCCGCCAGUUCCAAUUGCAGGUUUAGUGUUCAUUAGGAUAUGCAGGCGCUUUUUUAACGCGAUUAUGACGUCGCAGGGUUGGAUAGCCGAGGGUUGCGAGGAGGGCUGCGUCACGUGCGAGGUCCGCACUCCGCAACACCACGCAUGCGAGACCGCGGGGCGCCGCCAGCGCCUGCGCGAUCCGCCGGCAGUCAGUCCACCGCCGGCCGCCGCGCGCCCCGCCUGUGCCCCGCGCGCCGCGAGUGCUUCAAGUGAUGUCGCUCUGUGACUAGUGCCAUGCUCGUGCUCCGCUGUGCCCUGCUGGCGGCACUGCUCGCCGCCGCCGCCGCCGCCUGGCAGGAGAACGUGCGCCCGAAAGUCUUCGCCCAACUAGGCGUGGACGACACACACAAGUUUUUGGGCAACGAAACACACACAGACUACUUCAGAUUAUUACUAAGAGACGGCAACUAUCUGCUCGUCGGAGGAAGAAAUGUGGUGUACAACCUCAGUUUGACAGACUUGACAGAACAGCGUCGGCUGGUCUGGUACUCGCCGGAGAAUGACGUCAAAAUGUGUGUCGUCAAGGGAAAGGACGAGGAGAGUUGUCAAAACUAUAUCCGCGUGCUCGUGUCCCUGGGUACGGGCCGGCUCCUGGUGUGCGGAACCAACAGCUUUCGGCCCUUCUGCCGCGAGUACGGCGUCCAGCGCGACUCCUACCACAUGGAGAAGGAGAAAUCCGGCCAGGCCGUCUGCCCGUACGAUCCGGAGCACAACUCCACGGCUGUGUGGGCUGAUGGAGAGCUAUACUCUGGCACAGUGGCAGACUUCAGUGGCAUGGAGCCAAUCAUUUAUCGGGAGCCUUUACAAACAGAAUCAUAUAACUCGCUAACUUUAAAUGCUCCUGACUUCGUGAAUUCAUUAGUACAUGGGAACUUCGUGUAUUUCUUCUUCAGAGAAACAGCUGUUGAAUAUAUCAACUGCGGAAAGUCGGUGUUUUCCCGCGUGGCCCGGGUGUGCCGCGACGACCGCGGCGGCCCGCACCGCUUCAAGCAGCGAUGGACGUCUUUCCUCAAGUCCCGGCUCAACUGCUCUGUAGCCGGUGACUUCCCAUUCUACUUCAAUGAGAUUCAAUCAACGACAGAGUUAAUAGAAGGCGUUUACGGUGGUUUAAGCGCCCAACUCAUCUACGGCACUUUCACGACGCCACCUAACAGUAUAUCGGGAAGCGCCGUUUGUGCCUUCAGCAUGCAAGACAUCGCUGACACGUUCGAGGGCACCUUUAAAGAACAGAGUGCUAUUAACUCCAAUUGGCUGCCCGUCAAUGGUGCAAAGGUACCCGAGCCAAGACCAGGAACCUGCCAGAACGAUUCGCGGCAGUUGCCAGACCAGACGCUAGAAUUCAUCAAAACGCACGCACUGAUGGAUGAAGCGGUACCCGCGUUCUUUGGGGAGCCUAUCGUCAUAAGAACCAGUUUUCACUAUCGGUUUACGCAGAUCGCUGUAGACCCACAAGUGAAAACGCCAGGAGGAAAAUCCUACGAUGUACUGUUUAUAGGAACAGACAAUGGCAAGAUUAUAAAAGCCAUCAACGCCGCGUCGUACGACUCCAACAAGCGCGCGGUGCCGGUGGUGAUCGAGGAGCUGCAGGCCUUCGCGGCCGGCUCGCCCGUGCGCGCGCUGCGCGUGGCGCGCGCCGGCCGCGACGCGGCCAGGCUCAUCGCCGUGUCGGACCGCGAGGUGCUCAGCCUGCGGCUCCAUAGGUGCUCCAGUGACAAGAUCAGCUCUUGCUCUGAAUGCGUGGCACUCCAAGAUCCCUACUGCGCCUGGGACAAGCAGGCGGGACGGUGUCGUGCCAACUCUCAUGGUGUUAGUCGGUGGCUAGACGAGAAUUCUUUCUACCAAAGCGUCAGCACUGGCAGCCACGCCGCUUGUCCGCACAGUGGCAAAGAUGCCAGUGCAGUAGGAGGUCUGAGUUCCGGUCUCUACGACGAUGCUAGAGGCGAAACCAAAGGCGAGGUCAUCAACAUUGUACAAGACAAAGAGGGGAAAGGAAAUAACAAUAACGAAGGUCCUGAAGUCCUCGCCGCUGACCCGCCUCCCGCGGCCUACUCCGUGGAGACACUGGCGCUGGCCGUGGCCGCCGGAGCCCUGGCCGCGCUGGGCGCCGGCUUCGCGGCCGGCUACAUCUGCGGCCGCCGCUGCAAGAAGGACGAGGACGACAACAUGCCGUACCCCGACACCGAGUACGAGUACUUCGAGCAGAGGCAGAAUAUUAAUAGGAUCCAAGCCGAACCCAAGCUCCUCCAACAAGUGGAAGAAGUGACAUACGCGGAGCCAGUGCUAGCGCCGCAGCCGAAGCCGGCGUCGCCGCGCGCCACGCUGCGCAAACACCCGCCGUACCAUCCACACCACGAGACGCUCUUCCAGUUCCAACCGGACGCCUACCGACGUGACAACUUCGGCACGCUGCGAUCGCAUCAGGUCAAUGGCGACGGCUACCGGCGCGGCAACGACAACGGCUUCUCGACCACGCGCUCCGUGAAGAAGGUGUACCUCUGAGAAACGAGCGGGGCGGACGCGCGCGACCAGAUGCACCAUCACAAGCAUAAUACGCACCACCACCAUACGUUGGUGUCGCAGCGCAGCAGCGGGUCCGGGUCGGCGACCGGCAGCGGCGGCGGCUCGAGCUCGUCGCCGUCGCCGCCGUCGUCGUCGCCGUCGCCGUCGGGCGAGCGGCCGCCCACGCCGCCGCCGCCCGCGCCGCAGCCCUGCGCCUACAUCUACCGCAACUAGCGCGCCGCCUCGCCGCCACGCCCGCCCCCGCCGGGCCCUACAGUCCACCUAAAGUGAAGUGAGAACGUUCCCGACUCUAAUUGUUAGACCUCUUUUGUUAUCGCUGAAGUGAAAGCGCCGCCCGGUGACGGACUUUUCUUCCGGAUUAAAUACGUACUGGUGAUGACCCACAUUCUAAAGUUUCGAUCGGAAGUGUGACAAAAAUAAUGUAUUUUUUUUAAGACGGGAUUAUCGAUUGGUAAAAUUAAGAUGAGUAAUGUAACAAAUUGUAGAUUCUCUAGUUAUAGUUUACUAAUAAUUUAGGCGAAGAUAUAAGUUUUUGUUGAUAAUGUUGAUGACUAGUUAAUGUGAAAUUGUGCGUGUCAUUGCAGAUUUUGGUUUACUUUAAGUCUGUAUAAUGGGCAACAAAAAUAUCUAGUCUACCACCUACUCAAAUAUCUUGAUACGGAUUUUAUUGUCAGUGAAAUUGAGACGAUGCCAAGAUUUUUUGUAAUAAUUAACAGCGUAGAUAUUUCUGCUGCAACUAAAGACGUAUCUGUUGGACAAGUUUCUGUCAGUAGCUUAAAAAAAUAUGCAAUGAUUCCGCAAGUCGCUUUUUACGUAACUACGUAUUUGUAGCGGUACGUCAAUAAGUAUAGGGAGGGCGUUGUCUCAUUCUGGAGUUCUAGCGAUACUACUAGAGUAAACGAUGAUUAUAACGUAUAGUUGAAACACAAAAUAUGAUAUAAAUUAUAUUACCGUGUAUAAACGAUAUGUAAAGUUCUGAAACUUAUUCAUUCAUUAAAGUGCUUCUUAUGGGUGUAUUUAGAUGAUUAUUGGAUCGUUUUGAUAAUUAAAUAUUCGAUAAUGUUAUAGAUUUAGUGAUGUAUACAUAGGUACCUACAUAGCGUUAAGGGGCACAGUGCUGCCGCAUGCCAAUUUAGAUUGUUGGUGCGUCGAAGUAAGUUACAUCCUGUAACUGUGAUCAUUCUGUACAUACAUUCUGUUACCACUUCUCAAUUUGUAGUCUACGGAUCGUGUGUACAUUUAAAUUUCCAGAAAAGUGGGCCAAACUAUUAAGCAUUCUUGACAAUUUCUUGCUGCUAAAUUAAACCACCGAAGGGCUGAACAGACAGAGUAACAACUGAGACAGCUUCAUACAACCGUAGGUACAUAUGCGCUACGUGGUCACUGACAAUGACUGCUUGUCGAAGAUUUGUCUUGGAAACGCUUGUAUGGCGAGAGUAGUAUGUACCUAAUGUGAACUCUCAGUACUCCGUUGGUUUACUCCUCUGUGCGAAUACUUAGGUACGAUGUUUGAAAACGCUUAAUAUUAACGUUUUCGCGUACAGUCGACGUCAAAGAUAUGUUACAUUUUUUGCCUUAUUACAAAGGAGUAAGGUGUAAAAUUGUAAACAUCCUUAACGUCGACUGUACCAUAUUGGAACCCGCAUUAGUGUUCAGAUCAUCUUCGCUCAUUGUUGACAAUUGAAUGUAUGUAAAAAAAUGUCAAUUCUAUUUGUAAUGACUUAGUGCCUAAGUAUGUGGCAGGAUUGUAAUUGAUAUUACAUGACUCAGAUUUCCUUUGAACUGAUGUUAGAAUGAGAUAGACGCAUUAGAGUAGCGGUUACAAUAGAAGGUUGAGGCGUGGAGACCGCAGUGUUACGUAGAUAUUUUUAUACGCCAUAAAUAAUUAUAGAGGCAUUCUCAAGAUGGCCUUGUUCAUACCUACUCAUGAAUAUCCGCAUUUGGACUUAAUAAUUUGACAUUUUCUAUAUAUAAGCAGAGACAAGUAAACAGUAAGGCAUGGUAGUCUGCAUACAAAGUUGCGUUCCUCCAAAACAAAGUUUCAUUUGAUACCGUCCGUACACUGUAAGAGUCUCUUGCCAUAUAUUUUGUUGUCCCCAUAUAUGAUACUGUUAUUACACCACUUAAUACUCCUUAAAUUAAAUAAGUUUCAUAAGAUAGCGUUCUAACAUUCCUAGAUGACAUCCUUAAUAUACUGAGAUUUCUUAUAGUGGCGCCAUCUAGUGUAACUCUGAAGAAAUCGCAACUUUGUGUUGAGAUUAGCAUUCUUUAUGUUUACUUGUCUGUGAUGUGAAACGUUUGAGUAUUCCACUUGGCGCUUGCAACGACAGUUCAUUGAGAAUAUUGAGAUCUCUAAACAUUUUUUAGGGAAAUCGUUACGAGAAACAAGUAGACUACACUCUUUAUUAUACCAAAGAUGCCAUGAGUUGUAUUAUACGUAGAAUAGUGGUUUAUUUAUACUAAUGUAACCAACAUUACAUUCAAUUACUGAUAACGUUGAUUUGUGCUGUCUAGGGAAAUGGGGCCUUAACGCAACUUGCGAGAAACUUACCACAAAGUGCACUAUGGUCCCUUUCUCCAGAGUAUGACACGUUUACAUAUUUUGUAAAUGUACUGCCGAUUAGUGUCAACUAUGAAUUCAUAUAUAAUUAUUUAAGUUUAGUUUACCAAAGUCAACGCACAGUUAGAUUUAUUGUUAAUUUAACAUGUGUUAAGUGAAUAGAUGCUUUACACUGCCAGUCUUGUUUGUUUAUGUUUACGGACUUUGGAAAUGGUAACCUGUAGCGAAAGUACACAAACUAACGACAAAAUAGCGCUACACAUCCCUAUUUUAUUAAGCUACAAAUUUCCAUUUUUCAACUUCAUACUGGCAACACUUGUCAAUUCGCAUUUCGAUUGGUCAUGCGUGUGUCAAUCAUACGAAUGUUGCCAGUUUAGAGUUAUAAAGUUGCUAAUGGUUUUCUUGUAUUAAUACCAUUUAUUUAGACAUCGAAGCAAUUAAUUGUUAUUCUGGCUAUCAUUUUUACAGUCCGUAUACCUACUCUGUAUUUCGAAACCCAUACGUAAGCGAGGCUAGUACAUGUAUAUAGCGAGUUCUGUAAUUUAAAUUAGUUUUCGUCGAGUAAAUAAAAUAAGCGUUAGGGUUUAAGUGCAAGAAAAUUUUUGAAGGCGAGUUGUUAAGAAUUGUUUUUGUAUAACUUAAAAAAUAUUGAUGAAAUGUACAAUAACCAUUUCUACGUUUAAAUUACUGAACCACCUUUUUAUACUCGUAACAUUAAUUGUAAUCAUAAACAUGCCUAGAAAGUCUUUUGUAAUAAGCGUAAAUUAUUGAUUUAUAAUAUAUUGAGAAUUAUAUUAGAGCGUAUGAUAUCGUAGGUUAUAAUAGGCCGCUUAAUUCUGUUUGAGACUCGAAAGCCUUAGUGUUAGAAAUUGAAGACUUUUAUUAAAAUAAAGGACUAACUGUAAUUACAGAUGAUUGAAUUGAAAGGAUACCUAUCCACUACUUUUAUUAAAGUAUAAUGUUAAGGUAUAGUGCGAUAUGUCACGAUCACAAUACUCGAGUAUCCAUCACAUAGCUACCUAAGCGUAGUUUGUAAAUACAUUAUGCCGCAAGUUGAGUUCAAUCUACCACAUGGAGAUUUCAACGCCUGUAUUGUAAUGUCCCUAUGGUUUAACACCGUGACAUUUUUGGAGAUAUGCCUAUGUAUUUUAUCUAUCAUUCAAAUCAUUUAUUAAAAUACAAUAAAAGCUUGCAUCGCUGUAAUACAAGUAGAUUAUAUUUGCGGGUACAUAAUCGCUUACAUUAUAUCUUCCUUUUUUUGUUAUUGUUCAAUGGAACAAUUUUACAAAUUAAUAAUUAAAUAUUUCCGCUACCUCUUGAAAAAUGUCACGGUCCAUUCGAUUUUCAAAUAUUUCUAACCCAUAUCCACCCCUUUGAACCAUAGACUAAUUAGACAGCAUCUUCAUAAAUUAACUCUUCGUUUUAUGUUCGUAAAUCAAGGACCACGAUGGGACAAAUUGAUGGGAGAGCAGUUAAUGGGAAGUGCCUAUUUAAAUCACUCAUGUGUAGUAUUUUAUGGCUUACCUACUCCCGAGAACCCGGCUUCGUACGCUUCCUUAGCGUGCCUUUAGUACCUUGUUACCGGCCAUUAGAAAUAUACAUGAUUGAAACUGGAACGGACGUUUACAUAAUAAGGGAUCUGCGAAAAACUUACACCAUGGCGUCAAGUUAAAACUGAAAAAAAGUAUAAGGCAUAAACCACGAUGUUCAGUUUAGCGGGUUUUCCCCGGAAAUACGGCCGUUCCGUUUCACUCCACAUAGCCCCGGUACAGAUAGCUCCGUUUCUAUUCAAUAAAAUAGUUUGGAAAUACACAUUAUACUUACCUACCACCUAAUUCAACAUUCAAUAAGUUAAAUUCUCAUCAACUUUUAUAAGAAAUCUCAAAUUGUUAACCGCAUUGAUUUGCUUUUUAGACACUCCAUAGAUUUAAGUAGGAGUUUUGUAAUAUAAUGAUAAUGCAAAAACGCAAAUGCAGUGAUAUUAAGAAAUGUUACACCGUAUUCGCUGCCCGUAUUUAUAGAGUGCAAUUUUUUUAUAACUAGAAAGAAAUAGAUUGAGAAAUGAUGACUUGUAAAACAUAAAAUGGUGAAGUUUCAGGAAAUAAUUUUAUAUGUUACAAGCAUCACUUCAAAUGUUAUGAUCAUUUUCUCAUUAAAAUAUUAUUAAUAUGCUAAAUAUUUUAGCAAAGAAUAAAAUGUAUUCCUUUUCUUUAGUAAAUAAAAUAUUGAAACUUGAAA